AUGUGUGUAGAUACUCUCAUCACAUACACUGCUUGCAGUUGCAAAAUCAUGAUCAAAACUAUUUGUUUUGAUCACAUUCAGCACACCCUGAAGCAACAAGAUAGGAAUCCAUGUCCUAAGAAAGUUCAUGGUCUUUAUACAAUGAGAACAAGCCCCAACCUAUGCUUCCUCAAAUCAGGUACCAAGCUCGAAGACGGCCGCAUUUUCCGACAUGGAUCCCACCGCACACAUCACUACUACGAAUUCCAACGCGAUCCCAAUGAUCCCAAGAAGCGCUGGGAGCGCUGGGAGCGUAAAAACCGUGAAAAGUCUCGUCAGAGAGCUGAUAGCAUGGAAGCCAAUGUCAGUACUGGUGAAGAUAGGUUGAUGAAUCUUGAGGCUGAUAAGGAAAAUAGCCACAAGGAGAGAGAAUCUGAGAUUAGAGAGUGGCAAGAGGAGACUAAGAACAAUAGACCACCCAGAGUUAUGGUUGAGGAGAGGGCGGCUGAGAAGGAACAGCCGGCUCUGGGUCGAAAGACUGUCAAUCAUGUUCUUUAUGAUAUGUUUGAUCCUCGCAGCGAUGAUGAAUUCUCUGAUGAUGAUUGGAAGCCAGAACCUAAGGUUGAAGUUGACCCAGGAGAUACAGUCCCAUGGUCCUUCAACAACGCCCGCUCUAUCUCUGACCCCACACGUGCAAGUGGCACCAACACCAACCAAGAGGCAUACACCUCACCCAAGUCCCACGACGACGGAGUUCUCUUCAAGGACCACAACACCAAUUCUUUUCACGGCGCCGAGCUUGAUCGUCCCGCUACACCUCACUCGCAAUUCAACUUCAAUCCUCCUUUCACCGGCACGCACACCAAAUACAACACCGACAAAUCAAACUCCAGUCACGGCUCGAGCUCUGCACGCCCUAGCGACGCCAUGGGUCUCGGAUCUCCUAGACACCGCGCUCCAAUUCCAGAAAAGAUCCCACCCAGAAGACACGAUCUCUACCGUCCUCGUUAUCCCUCCAUGCCCGUGGAUGCUCAUUCGAGUUUCUGGGCUGGUCAUCUCAAUCAAGUGGGUUCGAGUCGUCCUCCACCAUACUUUCCAAGUCCUUCUACUCUUGCACCGUACAAUGCUGCGGCUGGUAGAUCAUCUGGCUUCGCAGGAGGUCUUGAUGAGAACUAUGCGAGUGGAGAUGGAGAAACUCGCGGUGUAUAUGGUAAUUACGCAGGUGAAGAGAAUCACGAGAGACAGAACAAGAAGGCUCGGGUCGAGAGAUCUGGUGCUAGUAAUGUCGACUUCGACAAUACUAUAAGUUUUACCAGAGACAAUGGAAAUGGCGGAAUGUCGAAGAACGAGAGCGAGAAGCAGACUGACAAUAGUAUGAACGGUGCAGGAGAUGAUACUGAGAUGGUUGAAUAA